AUGAUUAUGAUUGCUGGUCUUAAUCCUUCAGAUUCAAAUCCAUAUUCAUCGAUUAAAGAUUCAAAUAUAAAUGUUGUUGGGAUGAGUCAAGAAUGUAAUAGUUUAGUAAAUGCUAAUCCAUGGCGUAAUCCUUAUUCAAAUCCAUAUGUAUAUGAUGCAGCAACAGCUGUUGCUUUAGUUGGUUAUAGUCCAUAUGCAGCUGGUUAUUCUCCUCACAUGGAUUUAGCUGGAAGAAGAAAAAAUGCAACACGAGAAACAACUGCAACAUUAAAAGCAUGGUUAUAUGAACAUAGAAAAAAUCCUUAUCCAACCAAAUCAGAAAAAGUUUAUUUAGCUAUUAUGACUAAAAUGACAUUAACACAAGUUUCAACUUGGUUUGCUAAUGCACGUCGAAGAUUAAAAAAAGAAAAUAAAAUGACAUGGUCACCAAGAAAUAGAACAAAUGACGAUGAUGAUGAUGAUAGACAAGGUGGAGAAUCGAAUAGUUCAGAAUCUGAUGAUGAAUCAAAUUCUCCAUUAAUACAAACAAAUCAAAUUCCAUCGUCAUCAUCAACAACACAAACAUCUUUUCAUUAUUUAUCACCUCCAUUAACAAUACUUCAACAUCAUCAAAUUCAACAACAAAAUUUACAAACAGAAGAAACAAAUCAAAAGAGAAAAUUAAAUGACAAUCAAAUGUUAGAAAGAAAAAAACGUUGUGGAAUUUGGUCACUUGCAGAUAUGGCAGAAAAAAAUCAUAAUAAUAAAAUCAAUCAAUUAAAUCAUCAAAAACAAGAAGAACAAAGAAGAUCGUCUUCAAUCUCAUCAUCAUCAUCAUGUUCAUCUCCAACAUCAUCACAAGAAAAAGGUCAAACAUUAGUUGGUGCAUUUAAACCUUUCAAAUGA